AUGGCUAUGCCCUGGAUCUACGCCGUGCGCAUCGCGCAGAUUCUCUUCGGCUUGAUUGUGGUCGCUUUGACCGCCUAUGUCAUCAGCACCUUCAACUACUGGUGGAGCUUCUCCAGCACGGUCGACUUCCUCCUCUUCUUGGGCUGCUGGACAACCUUCGUCGCAACACCUUACCUUCUCGCAGCACCGAUCUACUUCCCGCGGCUGGCGCACCGAUUCGUGAUACCCGCCGUGGAGGUGAUUACGAUGAUCUUCUGGUUUGCAGGCUUCAUCGCAAUCGGCGCCGAGCUGCCCUCCCCGGCGUAUUGUACCUGGAGCGCGUGCCGGGCACUGCAGGCCGUGACGGUCUUUGGCUCGUUUGAGUGGGUUCUGUUCGCGGUGACGACCUACUUCGCCAUCAUGGACUUGAUGCACCACCAUCGCAGUGGAGAGAGUGCGCAGAAAACGCAGCAUAAUGCGCAUCUAGGCGUAUAA